AUGGCCACUCCUGUCGUCCGAAUCCAACCUACAAAACUCCCAGCACUCCCCGCCUCCACCACCCCCGAACAGCGGUACUGGCUUUCCUUCAGGUCUCCAUUACUAAUUCAUGAACAUGCCUCCGUUUCAUCAAUUCACUUCUCACCACUUGCGCCGCAUGAUUUCGCCAUUACUUCCUCAACAUUAGUCAAGUUAUUCUCUUCCAAGACCAGAUCUGUGUCAAAAACGAUCUCGCGGUUUAAGGACAUCGCAUACUCUGGGAAUGUUCGAUUCGACGGGAAGAUUCUUGUCGCCGGAGACGCGACUGGACUGAUCCAAGUUUUCAAUCUUUCUUCGAGGGCUAUUCUCAAAACAUGGAGUGAGCACAAGCAACCCGUUCAGGUAACAAAGUUUUCGCCUAGCAAUCUGACCACUCUUUUGUCUGCGUCCGAUGACACCACUGUGCGGCUUUGGGAUCUUCCGUCUGGGAAGUCAACCAGCACGUUCCUCGGCCACAGUGAUUAUGUGCGCAGCGCUGCCUUUCUUCCCACUAACAGUACCCCACUCAUCGUAUCCGGGUCUUAUGAUGGCACCGCACGCUUGUGGGAUCCGCGACAGGCAUCUGGAAGCGUCAUGACGCUCUCUCACCCUUCGGCGAUCGAUGCGCUUCUCCCAAUGCCGGGUGCGACUACAGUUCUUGUUGGCUCGGGUCCUGUUGUCCAGGUCUGGGAUAUCGUCGCCGCAAAGCCACUCACAGUCCUCCAGAAUCACCAGAAGACAGUAACCUCCAUGGCUGUCUCGUCAUCGUCUGCUGGACGCCGGGUCCUUACCGCUGGUCUCGAUGGACACGUAAAGAUCUAUGACCCUACAUCCUGGAAGGUUGUCCAUGGAAUCAAGUACCCCGCACCUGUUCUCUCAGUGGGCGUAUCACCCGAUGAGAAACAUCUUGCUGUUGGUAUGGUCGGUGGAUUGCUCUCUAUCAGAACUCGUAGCAGCGGCAAGGACAAGGCAAAGGUCACGGACCAGGACAAAAUAUUUGACAUGAUCGCCGCCGGAAUAGACCCCAUUACCGGAAGAGGAGGGAAGAAGGAGAAGAGCAGUGCUCUCAAGCGAAGACUCAAAGGAAUAGACUACAAGGGAGAAGGGACAGACAUCGUUGCCGAGUUAGGCUAUAGGGGCAAGAAAGAGAGAUCUUGGGAGAAGACUUUAAGGAAGGGGAGAUAUGCAGACGCGCUAGACGCAGUUUUGGUACCAGAUACACUUCCGUUAACAACCUUUACACUGCUCAAUGAACUACGUUAUCGGAAUGCAACAAGGACUGCACUGGCAAACAGGGAUGAGAUAACCUUGCAACCAAUCCUAAAAUGGCUGGUCAAAUAUAUCACUGAUCCACGAUAUGUGGAGGUCAUUGUCGACGUUGCGUUGUUGAUUCUUGACAUGUAUUCUCAUGCCCUUGGCCAAUCUCCCGAGUUUGACGGAUUGAUAAAGAAGCUGCAUGAUCGUGUCAGCAGUGAGGUAGAAAACUCAAAAAUGGCCUGUCAAACUAAAGGGAUGUUAGGGAUGUUAUUGGCAGCUUCGUAA